AUAUUUGUAAUAUAUAUUUAAAUAGUUACCUAAUUUUAUUUUAUUAUCAUUGGGUUAAUUUAAAAUAUAUAAAAAUCAAAACAUUAAAAUAUAUAACUUCAAAGUUUUAUAUUCCUUAAACAUUUUAGAUGUUUACUUAAAUCUUACUAGUAUCAAAAGUUAAGAAUAUAUGAACAUUAGAUCAACUCAUAGACAAUAAUGAUUGUAUAAAUUUUAAGUAUGUUUAGUUGGGGAAAUACUGUUAAUGGGGAACUUGGUUUAGGGGGCAUUGAAGAUAAUCACAUUCUAAGUCCAACUGAAAUAACCAAUUUCAAAGAUGUUUGUAACAUUAAAUCAGUGGCUUGUGGUAAAAAUCAUACAUUAGCUUUAACUGAAGAUGGAAAGUUAUAUUCAUGUGGUAGUAAUGACUUUGGUCAACUUGGACAUAAUGGUCCUAGAACAAAAUUACGUAUAAAUUUGAUUUCAGAACAAAUAUCAAAUGUUGAUUCUUUGGUCAUGACAAAUGUUGCUUGUGGUGAAGCUCAUUCAAUGGCUUUAAAUGAAUGGGGCCAGUUAUAUACUUGGGGUUCUGAUUCACAUUGUCAAUUGGGACGAGAAACUGCAGAUGAAAUUCAACUUAAACCAAAAAUUGUAAAAUCUUUAGGGAGUGUAUUUAUUGUGCAAAUAAGUUGUGGCUACAGACACUGUUUAGCUCUAACAAAUCAUGGAGAAUUAUAUUCUUGGGGUUCAAAUGAGUUUGGACAACUAGGACUUGGAUCAAAUAUUACUUCUAUAAAUGUUUCUAAACCAACUUUAAUUAAAUCAUUAAUUGGCCUUCCCAUAUCAUUUAUCACUUGUGGUGGAUAUCACAGUUUUGUUAUUUCAAAAUCGGGUGCGGUUUAUGGCUGGGGUAAAAAUACUUUUGGGCAACUAGGAUUAAAUAAUGAAAUUAAUAUGAGUGUACCAGUGCAAUUAAAAACUUUAAGAAGUAUAAAAGUAAAAUAUAUUGCAGCAGGAGAAGAUUUUUCUGUAUUCUUAACUCAGGAUGGAGGUGUUUUUACAUGUGGUGCUGGUAUGUAUGGACAAUUAGGUCAUGGAUCUUUUUCAAAUGAAAUUGUUCCUAAAAAGAUUUUGGAAUUAAUGGGAAGCACUGUAACACAAGUGUCAUGUGGCCGGCGCCAUACAUUAACAUUGGUACCUUCCAAAGGUCGAGUGUAUUCAUUUGGUUUAGGUGGUGUUGGUCAGUUAGGUACUAAAGUAUCUCUUAAUUCAAAUACACCACAGUUGGUUUUAGGACCUUGGCUAUCUCCUUUUGGAACAUCAAUAAUUGAAACAAAUAAACAGUACAUUGUCAAAAGUAUUUAUGCCGGAGGUGAUCAAUGUUUUGUCAAAGUUACAAACAAAAUGGAAGACAUACCAUCAGAUGAUUAUCGAAUUUUACAGCCAAACUCACAAAUUUGGACUGUAAAAUUAUCUGAUGUUCUGAAUUUGUCUACCAUACAACCUGAUGUACCAGUUGACCAAGAACGAAUGUUGUUUGUUGAAAUAGUUAUGAGUAGUUUAUCUUGUUUAAAUGGAUCAUUUUUAUUGUUAUAUGAUAAACAUUAUUGUUGUACAAUAAAUAAUUCAGGAAUAGAUUUAGAACUAGCUUCACAGUGUUUUGAUGUAAUUAGUCAUGUACAUAAUACAUCAUUAAGUGAUCUGAUUCUUACUUCCAUUGCAAGUGCUGUUGAUUCUUUAUCUAUUUCACCACCUGAUUUAGAAACUCUAAGAUUUUAUUUAACUUUACCGUUGUAUCAUGAAUUUAAAAAUACUACCAAUGCUUCUAUUCUUCAAAUUCCUUAUGCUGAAGCCUUAUUGUGCCAGAAACCACUCGAGUUAGAAGCUUUAGAUAUGUGGAUUGUCGGAAUGCCAAUUAAAUAUUUUGAUAAUUUGAUAUCAAUCUUUAAAAACUUACUUAUAGAUCAAUUAAAUUCAAAUACCAACCCUUUGAAUACAAAUUGGGAUAAAGCACUAGUCUUAUCUGCAUCUUUGUUAGCUAAAUUAAAUAAACUAAAUUCUAAUUUAAAUGGACAUCAAGUAAAAAAAGGUCAGCUUAAAGUACCUUAUACUACUUUUUAUAUUCCUCAAUUAGCAGAUAAAAUUGACAUUCAAAAUGAUUACAUGAGAUGGACUCAUGCAGACAUUAACGGAUUUAAAGAUCAUGGUUUUUAUUUUUGUAAUUAUGCAUUUUUAUUUGACGCUGAAGCCAAAACAAUACUUUUACAAAUUGAUCAAAGACUUCAAAUGCAACAAGCUAUGCAUGCAGCAGCAACUAGAGCAUUUACCCAAAUGUUAUUUUUAGAUGGUAGUAAUAAUUCAUUGAACCAAUUUAUUGAGCUGACUGUUUCACGAAAUAAUUUAGUUGAAGAUGCAAUUCAUGAAUUAUCUCAAUAUACUGAACAUGAUUAUAAAAAACCAUUAAAAGUAAAAUUUAUCGAUGAAGAAGCUGAAGAUGCAGGAGGUGUAAAAAAAGAAUUUUUUAUGCUUCUCAUUAAAGAAAUUUUAGAUCCAAAAUAUGGUAUGUUUAUCAAUUCCAAUGAAACAAAUAUGAUUUGGUUUAAUGAUUAUUCUUUUGAAGACCUUACGAUGUACUAUUUAGUGGGUUUAAUGUGUGGCUUAGCAAUUUAUAAUUUCAUAAUAUUAGAUUUACCAUUCCCUCUAGUAUUAUAUAAAAAGUUACUUAAUGAACCUAUUACACUACAAGAUCUUAAAGAUCUUCAACCAACAAUGGUUAAGAGUUUUGAAGAAUUGUUAGCAUAUAAUCAACCUGAUCUUGCUGAGAUAUUUAACCUUACUUUUGAAAUAACGAGAGAAGUUUAUGGAGAAAUUCAAACUGUUCCAUUAAAACCUAAUGGAUCUAAUAUAGAAGUUACACAAGAAAAUAAACAUGAAUUUGUACAUCUUUAUGUUGAUAUGAUAUUAAAUCAAGGAGUUGAAAAACAGUUUAAAGUAUUUAAAGAUGCAUUUUUUAAAGUUUGUGGUGGUAGAGUUUUGAGAUUAUUUCAUUCACAAGAGCUCAUGGCUGUUGUUGUUGGAAAUCAAGAUUAUGAUUGGCACGAGUUAGAAAAAAAUGCUCAAUACAAGAAUGGAUAUACAGCAGAUGAUCCAACUAUUAAGUUAUUUUGGGAAGUUUUUCAUGAAUUGGAGAUAGAACACAAGAAAAAAUUUUUACUAUUCCUUACUGGUACAGAUCGUGUACCUGUUAUGGGCAUGAAGGCAAUUAAGAUAUACAUUCAACCUACCCAAGAUGAUAAUUUCUUACCUGUUGCACACACAUGUUUUAAUUUAUUAGACUUGCCUAAGUAUCAAUCUAAAGGAAAAUUGAAAUACAAAUUAACUCAAGCUAUACAUCAAACUCAGGGAUUUUCUUUAGUUUAAGAAUAAAAAAAUAUGACACAUUCCUAUUAAAUUAAUUACCCAUACUAAGAUUUUAACAAAAUAAUUUUAUUGAUGAAGGAAUAUUAUGUGAAAGAGUAUAGGAUAUUAACUUUUGUUAUUAAAUUUUAACAUAAAUCAGGGUAAUACUAAUUUGUACUACUUGAAUGAGUAAAUAUAAAUUGUUACCAUUAUUGUUGAAAUUAGUUUUAAUAUUAAUAAUUGUGCUUUGGCUAUUAAACCAUUUAUUUUUUGAACCAGUAAAUAUUGAAUAUAUUAUAUCUGACUUAAUUAUAAAAUAUCCUCAAUAUCUGUAUUGCUUAAUUUUUUGCAUGCUUUAUGCUAGUUAUAAAUCCAAUUAUAUUAUAGUUAUAGCUAAUAAUCAAUGUGAUAAUGUUAUUUUAUUUUAAACUAAUCAUAAUAUCUUUUUAUACUUAAUUUGAAUCAUCGGUCACUGGAGAAACCACGUAAUUUAGUGUUUUAGCUAUAAUAAUAAUUAUUAUUUUAGACCCAACCCAACCAAUCUAUGAUAAAAUCAUUAGUAUAUAUGCACUUUUAUCUCAUUCAAAUAGCAAUAUUGAGUUACCAUAGAAAUAGUGGAAAUCUAAAAAUUAUAGUGUUCUUCAUAUGAAUUAUUAGUUAAAGUUAUUUAUAA